UGAUUUUAUACGCUUUGUGCGAAUGUUAAUAACGAUUCCGGGAUCAUCAUGUUCGAACGAAAGGAGUUUCUCUGUCCUUCGAAGAUUAAAAUCUUAUUUACGCUCAACCAUGAUCCAGGACAGGUUAAAUAAUGUGGCUAUUUUGCACGUUUACGCAAAUGAAGCAUCAAAAUUAGAUUUAAAUUGUUAAUGGAUAAGUUUAUAGCAAAAUCGCCGAGAAGAAAAACUGUUUUUGCAAUAAAUACAUAAUUUUUUUUGAAUUUAUUUUUUUUAUUUAUUCUACCCAUCCGAAAUUUACAUGAACCGCCGCGCCUGUGCAUGGUAUUGCACAUGUGCAAUGAUAUAUUAUAACUCUUGCAAAAAUAGUUCGUGUGAAGAUCGCAUUUGUUAUUUGUGUAAGAAACUCUCCAAACUAAUAGGAAAUACUUAUAUUUUACUAUACAUUCUCAAUAAUUCACAAAAAUAAUGAAAAAUUAGCACUGCAUUAUUAAUAUAUCAGAAAGAAGUUUACUCUUUACUACGUAUGAGUAGUAAUUUUUGCGAAACUCUACCAAAGGAGAAUAGUAAUAAGAUAUAAAUUUCAUUUGGCGAAAAAAUAACUGUAAAGGUGGGUUUCCAGCUCUCAAGAAAAGCAAAAACUUCAUAUAAAAAAACGCUUAUGAAAUGAUCAAGAAGUUUUCUAAUGUUAAAUUUUCUUGUGGCAACAUCCAGCUCUCAAGAAAUUCAGUAAGUAUAUUUACUACUUUUAUUUUAUAAAUUGUGGAUAGGCAACACUGGUUUUGCGAAGAAGUUUCUAUAUAUUUCUGACGCAAAUUGAGUGGGAAGAAGAAGUAAGUUGGUGGUUUAUUUGAAUUUUGUAUGUUAUUUCGUUUAUUCCUUAGAAAUGGAUGACUUAACACCUGUUGCAAAGCGGCAAAAGAGGAUAAAAAAUUUCACAGCGGGUGAAAAACAAGAACUAAUUAAAGCAGUGGAAGAAUGGCCCCGAAUAUGGGCCAUAACAAACGUUAUGCAUUCAAAUAAAAAUGCUGUGGAACAUAAGCAAUUCCGUUGGCAAAACUGUUAGUGAGUGCAAAGCUGGAUGGAUUAGCUUACGGGAGAGCUAUCGCUAUCACGCCAAAGUGGCCCGCAAGCAUAAAAGUGGUAGCGCAGGUGGAGAAACCCUGGAGGAACCUUUUUUUUCAGACGCGAUUGAUUGGGAAUUUGCUGAAGAAAUGGCAUUUUUACCAAAUACAUCACACAAAAGAACAACUUUCACAAGUCCAACGUUUGAAGAUUUUGAUUCAUCUUCUCCGAUCAAUAGAGCGAAUGAGGAGGUGUUAAGUGUUCCGCAAUAUGAUUAUAAUCCAACACCCACCACAAGUAGUCGUACGUUUCGCGGAAGCCAAAAUGACGAGGCAUGGAAUCGGUUCAACAACAUUUUAAAGAAGCAAGAAGAUUUGGUAGCAGCAAAGAACAACUCAUCAUAUGCACAAGUUCUUGCUAGUUUUGAGUGGUUGUUGAAUAAACUUCCACGGUCAGUUGGUGAUGAUAUGUGUAUGGAAUUUUACAGUAUGCUGUUACAGAAAGUUAAUGAACUUAAAUCAAACAAAAAUAAUAUCAAUAAUUUCUUCAGCAUUUACUUGAGAGCUGGAACCUAACCUUAAAUAAAGAAACGAUGUAGCUGCCAGAUCAACGAGAAGUUAACAUUGCAUAUAUGCAAUGCUAUGCAACGAAGGGUUAGAAGAGUGAAUAUCGAAGUUGACAACACACGAUCGUACUAUAUUCACCAUUAUUGUCUAAUUCAUAUUCAAAGGGCAUAUUGCAGUUUGGUGUAAUCAAUAAAAUACGUUUGCAAGUACAUCACCAAAGGAAGCAACAUGGCGCUUAUUGGUCUUGAACGGUACGGUUGAUACGUGAACUGCACUAAAAUACUUUGUAGCGCUUUCCGACUGUUGUACGUCUCGCAGUUAAUUUGGAGAAUGGCCAAAGAGUGUAUUUCAACCUAGGGAAUACAGUACAGCCAAUGGAAACACCGACAGCAACAAAAUUAACAUUUACGAGUUUUUGCUCAACUUUCGUCAGUGAUUCGUUUGCGAGGACAUUCGGAUAUACCUCGAGAUUAUGCAUGGAAUGCAUCGUUGAAGAAAUAAUUACGGAGAAAGCAAGGCCAACCAGUAAAUGGACAUCCAGGUGUGUUAUCAAUUAAUGCAUUAAGAUGAAUUUACACAAUCCACCCAAAAAACGACGAUUGUUUCUACCUUCGGUUGCUGUUGAUAAAUGUACGCGGUUCAACUUCAUAUGAGUCAUUGCGUACUGUGAAUGACACGAUGUGUGCAACUUUUUGAGAAGUAAGCCAGCAAUUACAAUUGCUGGAAAAUUAUAAUCACUGGAAUGAAAAUGACGUUCGCACACUUUUCACGAUAAUCAUUUCGACAUAUCAGCCUCCAAAUCCGCGUCUAUUAUGGGAUACGAACAAAAAUUACAUUGCCGAAGACAUUUUACAUCAAAAAUUUUUAUAUGGAUAAAUUCCGGUUGAUACUUCCGAUGUUUUGACAUCAAUUCCAUCUGCCGUUUAUCGAUUCACGAAAGAUGAACUCAUCACGAAUGUUCAUCUGAACAUUGGCCAAAUUAUCUUAACUACGAUUCCUUGAGUGCACGUGCAAUGAUAGCUGCCCAAAAUACCCAUGUCGAUGACUUAAACUGGAAGAUUCAAAGUCAAAUUCCGGGAGAAUUGCGCUCAUACAUAUCGAUCGAUCGUCCUGACAAUGAAGACGACGCCGUUAAUUAUCCAGUGAAGUUUUUAAAUUCUUUGGAGGGGCUUUGUAUGCCACCGCAUCAUUUGCGUCUCAAAGUUGGAUCUGUCGUUAUUAUGCUACAAACGCCGAAACUGUGUAAUGGAACCCGACUGAUUGUGACGCAGCUAUCGAAUACAAGGGGGCAGAAUGCUUGAUUCUACGAAUUUGUUUGAGUUCUCACGAUUUGCCAUUUCAGUUCAAACGGAUUCCGUUUCCAGUAAAAAUAGCAUUUGAGGUGACAAUCAUCAGGACAUAAGGAUAGUCGCUAGAAGUGUAUGGCAUAAAUUUUGAGCUGAUAUGUUUUUUACACGGCCAAAAAUACGUGGCGUGCUCACGAGUUGGAAAACUAUCUUCUCUGUACAUUUACGCACCGGAACAGAAACCAAAACAUGUUGUUUAUCAAGAAACCAAAACAUGUUGCGUUACAUCUAUGUAUGUAUAAAAAUAAGUCCGUAUAUGUACGUCGCCGAACUAAUCAUAAACGUGUAGGGCGAUUUCAACAAAACUUAUACACCACGUAGGCAGUGACCCAUAUAUGGUUUUUGUGAAGUUUGGUUGAAAUCCGAUAACGCAUGUGUGUGCGGUGCGUAUGUGAAGUGAGUGAGUUUUUGCCGCAGGUAUCUUUUGUAACGUAUACAGUAUUCAUUAGUAUUGGAUACAGUUUGGUCGUUUGUUUAUUCGACAGCAUUGCACGGAGUGAUGCAAAUAUAAGUUAUAUAUAUUAAAUAAAUAAAAGUUGAAACAAAAAUGUGAUUUUUUUUUAAACUACUGUUUAUUAUGAACACUAUUGCCACGCCCCUGGUGGUGAUAGAGAAGAGGUUGAGGGCUUUUCUGAAAGCUCAUUAAUUCUAUCUAACUGGUGCAAUGUACUGGGUUCACCUACGUUAGCCAGUUUAGGCGCAAGAGCGUUUACAAGGUUGAAACAAAAAUGUGAUUUUUUUUUAAUUUACUGUUUAUUAUGAACACUAUUGCCACGCCCCUGGUGGUGAUAGAGAAGAGGUUGAGGGCUUUUCUGAAAGCUCAUUAAACUAUCUAACUGGUGCAUCGUAUUGGGUUCACCUACGUCGACCAAUUUAGGCGCUAGAGCGUUUAAAAAGUUGAAACAAAAAUGUGAUUCUUGUGUAAACUACUGUUUAUUAUGAUCACUAUUGCCACGCCCCUGGUGGUGAUAGAGAAGAGGUUGAGGGCUUUUCUGGAAGCUCAUUAAACUAUCUAACUGGUGCAUUGUAUUGGGUCCACCUAUGUCAGCUAAUUUAGGCGCUAGAGCGUUUAAAAAGUUGAAACAAAAAUGUGAUUUUUGUGUAAACUACUUUUUAUUAUGAACACUAUUGCCACGCCCCUGGUAGUGAUAGAGAAGAGGUUGAGGGCUUUUCUGGAAGCUCAUUAAACUAUCUAACUGGUGCAAUGUAUUGGGUUCACCUACGUUAGCCAGUUUAGGCGCUAGAGCGUUUACAAGGUUGAAACAAAAAUGUGAUUUUUUUUUAACUACUUUUUAUUAUGAACACUAUUGCCACGCCCCUGGUGGUGAUAGAGAAAAGGUUGAGGGCUUUUCUGAAAGCUCAUUAAACUAUCUAACUGGUGCAAUGUAUUGGGUUCACCUACGUCGACCAAUUUAGGCGCUAGAGCGUUUAAAAAGAUGAAACAAAACUGUGAUUUUUUUUUAAACUACUGUUUAUUAUGAACACUAUUGCCACGCCCCUGGUGGUGAUAGAGAAGAGGUUGAGGGCUUUUUUGAAAGCUCAUUAAACUAUCUAACUGGUGCAAUGUAUUGGGUUCACCUACGUUAGCCAGUUUAGGCGCUAGAGCGUUUACAAGGUUGAAACAAAAAUGUGACUUUUUUGUAAACUACUGUUUAUUAUGAACACUAUUGCCACGCCCCUGGUGGUGAUAGAGAAGAGGUUGAGGGCUUUUCUGAAAGCUCAUUAAACUAUCUAACUGGUGCAUUGUAUUGGGUUCACCUACGUUAGCCAGUUUAGGCGCUAGAGCGUUUACAAGGUUGAAACAAAAAUGUGAUUUUUUUUUAAUUUACUGUUUAUUAUGAACACUAUUGCCACGCCCCUGGUGGUGAUAGAGAAGAGGUUGAGGGCUUUUUUGAAAGCUCAUUAAACUAUCUAACUGGUGCAAUGUAUUGGGUCCACCUACGUCGACCAAUUUAGGCGCUAGAGCGUUUAAAAAGAUGAAACAAAACUGUGAUUUUUUUUUAAACUACUGUUUAUUAUGAACACUAUUGCCACGCCCCUGGUGGUGAUAGAGAAAAGGUUGAGGGCUUUUCUGAAAGCUCAUUAAACUAUCUAACUGGUGCAUUGUAUUGGGUUCACCUACGUUAGCCAGUUUAGGCGCUAGAGCGUUUACAAGGUUGAAACAAAAAUGUGAUUUUUUUUUAAUUUACUGUUUAUUAUGAACACUAUUGCCACGCCCCUGGUGGUGAUAGAGAAGAGGUUGAGGGCUUUUCUGGAAGCUCAUUAAACUAUCUAACUGAUGCAAUGUAUUGAGUUCACCUACGUCAGCUAAUUUAGGCGCUAGAGCGUUUAAAAAGUUGAAACAAAAAUGUGAUUUUUUUGUAAACUACUGUUUAUUAUGAACACUAUUGCCACGCCCCUGGUGGUGAUAGAGAAGAGGUUGAGGGCUUUUCUGGAAGCUCAUUAAACUAUCUAACUGGUGCAAUGUAUUGGGUUCACCUACGUUAGCCAGUUUAGGCGCUAGAGCGUUUACAAGGUUGAAACAAAAAUGUGAUUUUGGUGAGUAUUUUGAUAAAAAUUAAAAAAAAAAACAAUGAUUAAUGAGAUAAAAAUUGAUUGUUUUGCUAAACAAGUGUUCUGAUUGUUACAAGUGCAUCAUAUGAUUUUGUGACAUAAUCUCAAAUUUGAUAUUUUGUGAAAAAAAUUCAAUAAUUUAGUGAUUUUUUUUCGUUUAAUGUGCGAUCAAUGAGCUAAAAAUUACUUGGAUUUUUUGGCUAAUUUUUAAUUGAAUUUUGUCACAUUUUCAGCAGAUUUUCGUGUCUUUUCGCCACUUUUCGGUGCUUUUCGAGUGCAGACGAUCUCGAACGUUUCAUUUUCGCUUCCGAACGGUAAUAAAAAAUUAUUUCGAUCUUUUAGCCAAUUUUUAAUUGAAUUUUGACACAUUUUUAGCACAUUUUUGACAAUUUUCGUGACUUUUUGGUGCUUUUCGAGUCCAGAAUUUGCUGGAUUUCAUCAAUUUAUUACUGAAGUUCUUUAUUAUCUUUAGUUUAGUUUCUUCUAAAAAUGCCACGAAGAGCAAGAGCUGACAUUGGACGUCGGUCGCGUAGAACGCAAAAUAGAUCAAACGAAAGGGAAAAUCAAUCGCAAGAACAGCGAGAACAAGAGAUUGCAAAUACAAAGGAACGUGUUGCAAGAUCACGUUCAGAUCGUAGGCCGACAAGUAUUAAUCAAAAUGUUCAAAGGCGUGCCGCACAAAUCUACGUUAAUGUUGCUUUAAAUGGUGCUGGAUUUAGAUAUAAUCACGCAAUUGAUUACAGUUUGCAUAAGUUUGUGGUGAUUGGUGGAAUGAACAAAGUCUGCCAACAUUGUAAUGCAUUGAAAUUUCACCUGGACACCUGGAAUGUGUUGUGCCAGUGGGAAAGUAAGAUUACCCGAAUUACAAUACCCACCAGAACCAUUGGCAACAUUAAUUUCAGGAACAACGCCGCAAUCGAAACAUUUUUUGGAUAAUAUCCAAAUGUAUAUUUCUUGCUUUAAAAUGACUCCCUUUGAAGCGACGAAUGUAAUACGCAAUAAUUUCAUCCCGACAUUUAAGGUUAUUUCGGCUCUGGGAAUUUUGAAUGAAGCAUACAGCGACAUUUCAGAACAUUUUACAAGCUCUAAUCAAUCAUAUUUUGCCUCACAAUUUCAGAUACAAAGACAAAUUUAUCAUAGGAUUGGUUCAUUAUUGCCAUUUCCAGAUGCAAACCACCAGUUCUUGCAAAUCUACUUCCUUGGCAAUAAUGAAAAUGAAGUAGAUGCCCGUUGUUCAAUAUUCACAAGUGCCAAAAGAAUAAUAAUACGUGAAUUGCAAGCAUUGUUUCAUGAACAUAAUGAUUUGAUUAAUCCUUUUCGGACAGCACUUGAUCAGAUGUCAUCUGAUGAUCAUAAAAUCGUGCUUCGUGCUGAUAGAAGACCAAUCGGAGAACACGAACAAA